GGUAAAGGACGUAAGAGGGAUAAUAUCGACAUAGCGCAUGCCACGUUUUUAAUGCACGUCUCAAAGGUGGCGCCAAUGAGAGCAAUGGUUGGGCAGCAUAAAUGCAGUGAUGAUAAGAUUAAGUAAUCCAGAGAAGCAAAGUUGUAAGAGAGAGAGAAAAUGUGGAUGGGAAGCGUGUCACGGUUGCUGCUACUGUUGUCGCUCUUUGACGACGAGGUGGAGCAGCCGAACAAGUAUGCAGUUGUUUUCGAUGCAGGAAGCACCGGCUCCAGAGUUCACGUGUUCAAAUUCGACCAGGACAUGUCUCUCCUCCGCAUUGGCCAAGACUAUGAGCUUUACGUGGCUAUCAAACCAGGUCUGAGUUCAUAUGAGACAGACCCCAAGGCUGGUGCUGAGUCGUUGAGGCCCCUCUUAGACCAAGCCGAAGCAGCGGUUCCCCAAGAAUUGCGUUCUACUACACCUCUUCGACUCGGGGCAACGGCCGGGCUUCGCCUGCUACCAGGCACUGCUGCUGAAGACAUACUGAAUGCGGUGAAAGAGAUUUUCAAGAGCGAAUCGAGCCUGAACUACAAGCCAGAAUGGGUGUCUGUUCUUGAUGGAACUGAUGAAGGCGCUUAUAUGUGGAUUGCGAUCAACUAUCUAGAAGGCAAGUUAGGCAAUAAAUACUCGAAAACGGUAGGAGUAGUUGACCUCGGAGGGGGCUCGGUACAGAUGGCUUAUGCUCUCUCAGAUGAAGCUGCGGCCAACGCCCCUGCACCUGAAAAUGUCAUCAAUACCGGUGUUGUCGGAACUAAUUAUAAGCUUUAUACUCACAGUUAUCUCAACUAUGGGCUGCUGGCGGCUCGAGCUCAGAAUCUGAAUCUUUCCGGUGCUGCCAAUCCAUGCGUCACUAAUGGGUAUCAAGGGACAUACUCGUAUAACGGGGUUGAUUAUAAAGUAUCAGCUCCUGGGUCGGGCACAAGCUUGAUGGGAUGCAUAGCACAGGCACGAAAGGUGGUGAGAGUUGAUGCGCCCUGCACCAACAAGCCUUGCUCCUUUGGCGGUGUUUGGAACGGCGGAGGCGGAGCUGGCUUCGACACCUUGUAUGCUGCAUCAUACUAUUACGACACAGCUGCUGAGUCUGGUGUGGUGGAACCAAAUGCGAAUUCAACGCAAGUUCGUCCAAAAGCAUACCUCAAAGCAGCAAGGAAGGCAUGCAGCGCCAGCGUAGACAAUAUCAGCUCUAUAUUUCCUCUAAUUGAGGAAACUGAUGUGCCGUAUCUGUGCAUGGAUCUUGUAUACGAGUACAUUUUGCUCGUUGAAGGAUUCGGCAUCAAACCAACAAAAGAAAUAACGGUUUUGAAAAAUGUGGCGUACAAGGAUUCGUGGAUUGGAGCAGCCUGGCCCCUUGGCUGCGCAGUUGAUCUCCUCUCAUGAUUAUGUAAUCUAAUCUUCUACUGCUCAACUUUCACUUCCUGUUUCAAUAAUGGAUCCGCCAUCCAACAUUUUAUUUUCACCUUAUGAAUGUAUAAUGCAUGGAAAUGUUAUUCCAAUAA